CUAAAACCGGCUGAUAAUAAUACGCGCGCCACCGGCAGAUCAGAGGGCGAAGCUCCAAAUUUUCUCUUUGAUCGAACCAGCAGAGGCCAGUGUGUAUUGUUCUCGUUGUCGUUGUUCUUUUGUCGCCGAUGUUGCUCCUACGUAUACAUACGAUAACUGCAUAGAUACCAUAGUUUCCGUGUGCUCAUCAUCACCAUCAUCAUCCUCACCGUCGUUGGCUAACGUCGCGACGCCAACGAGCAAACUUUUGUCGUUUGCCAGAGAUCGUGAGAACACACAUACAGGGCUUGGCUUUCAAGACUCGGUGAUUAUGCGCGCCUGGUGUGCACAAAUUUGUUUUUGCUGUUGUUGUAGCUGCGCCAAGGACAACGAGUACCCCAGGAAGCCAAACGACGUUCGCAUGGACGGCGAUCGCUUCGUUUAGGGCUCCUUGACGGCUCGCGCGCAUUAUCAUCAUCACAUGAUAUACCACGCACGCAACACUUAUCGUACCUUAUUACCGAUCGAUUAAUUAAGUCAUUAAUUAAUAAGGAGUAGUGGGUCGUAGGGUAAACCAAAGUGUACCCACAAACGAGGAAAAACGAAAAGAGCUUUAAUUUUUCGGGCAGCAAGAAGAAAAAAAUUACAUCCAAAGCGAAAGAAAAAUCAUGCUAGCUGAAAUUCGCUAGUUAAAAUGCCAACGAGACUUGCUGGAGCUGAUCGUCAGUAGUACAUGUCUGUAGGAUUAGGACAGCCAAGUCUGAACCCUUAGAUUCAGUAAUCCCAGUCAGAAGAAGAGAAAAAAAAGUUCACCGUCUUUCUUUCUCGUUUCAUUAUUUUUUCCUCUCGCCCUUACUCGAUUUGUAAGUGCCGGCUCUCCGAAUCAGAUUGUUAUAUUGUUGUUGACGUUGUUAUUUCGAUCAAAGCCGACAAGUAUUCCAUUCAGCAGAGAAAAGUUUAUAAUAUUCGAAGAAAAAAAAACAAAAGUAACACGGAAAGAAAGUACAGUGGUCGAACCUGAGAGAAAAACCAAGGGCUCCAUUGUUAACUGUACAUUUGGCGUUGUUCUUCGUCUUGUUGUUAUUAUUAUUAUUAUUGUCAUUAUUAUUAUUAUCAUUGCUGCCAUUACUGCUAGUUAUUAUUGUUGAUAUUAUCAUUAUUGUUGUCGAUAAAAAAAAAAAAAAAAAAAAAAAACAUUUGCGGAACGCAUUGAAAAUAUCGGUACGAGGGUUCCCGUUCGAGGAAUAAAAAAUAAUACAAAUGGAAUUGCAACUAAUUAUGGACACUGGCACGGAGAAUAUAUGGCUAAACGGCUCUCUAUCGCCGACAUACCAACAAUUGUCGCCCGGCAGGCUGAACGACUGCGAACCAAUUGUUGGACAACAAACAUCGCUGAGCCGUCAAGGGAUGGUGCAGAGUCUUCUCUGGAAGGACAACAAAGAUCUGUCACCGAAAGCAUCCCCCGAGCACCAACAUCAUAAUCAGUACCGCCACCAACAACUCCAGUAUCCGGACUCACCGCUGAGCACGAGCAGCCAGUCUCCCGAGCACAAGCUCACCUUCGGAUCGUCGAGCCUCCACUCGCCACCGUCAUCCCAGGCCCUGAAACGCCCUGCUGACGAUUCGUAUCAGCACCAACACUCCAUCAGCGAACCCGAGAGGAAACUCGCCCGUAAGAAUGGAAGUAAUAGCUCCCAAGGGUGGCCGUCCCCAGUCGAAGAGCUAGCGGAUAAUUCGGUUACCGAUUUCGAUGGCUCGUUAUCGGACCUUGCAGCCUCGGAUUUCGCAACAGCCGUCGCUUCUUACAAUAUAAGUGAAGCUCUGCUAUCACUGCCAUCGCUCACAGUAUUCAAGCAAGAAGCGCUGUCGCCCGAGAAUCAACACAACACCACCAAUUUGAAUCACAACCCGUCUCAGAGAAGCAUCAGUGGAGUCCCGUCCAGCAACGGAAGCGCCGAUCUUGCAGAGCCAGACAGCAACAAUAACGCCCAAAAUUCAGCCAACUUGCACCACCAGCAGCUUCUCUCGUACUCGAGUUCAGCCAACGACGAGUACCCUCUCAACUCGAGCUCCGGCAAUCAUGUCUCUUCAUCCCAGCAGAGCAGUGAUUUCAACGAGGACUGCCGCUUCCAGUAUAUUUUGGCGGCCGCGACGAGUAUCGCUACCAAAGUCAACGAAGAGACGCUUACUUACCUCAAUCAGGGUCAGUCUUACGAGAUUAAGUUGAAAAAGCUCGGUGACCUGUCUGCCUUCCGUGGCAAAACCUUGGAGUCGACAAUACGUAUCUGCUUUCACGAGCGCCGACUCCAGUAUACGGAACGCGAGCAGAUUCUGGCCUGGCAGCGCGCGAGACCGGGAGAGCGGCUACUCGAAGUCGACGUGCCUCUCAGUUACGGCAUGCUCGACGUCUGUCAAUCUUCUUCUCUGAACAACAGCGUCGAUUUCACCUGGGAUCCAACCAAAGAGAUCGGCUGUUACGUCAAGAUCAAUUGUAUUAGCACGGAAUUCACGCCCAAAAAACAUGGGGGCGAAAAAGGUGUGCCGUUCCGUAUCCAAGUUGAGACCCGAUUGUCCGGGGGCCCGCGGCUUCACGCUGCCUCGUGCCAGGUCAAGGUCUUCAAGCUCAAGGGAGCGGAUCGUAAGCACAAGCAGGAUAGAGACAAAAUACAACGCCGACCUCCCCACGAGCAGGACAAAUUUCAGCCCAGCUAUGAUUGCACUAUUCUUACAGAUAUACCUGUUGAUUCUCUUUCAUCCUCUAACUCGGUUAGUCAGAAUGUUGGAAGUCCUUACUCAUCCACCGACGUUAUAUCACCGCAGAGUCGCGUGAGCGGCAACUCGUCGCCGGUGACUGCGCCCCUUGCGCUCUCCUCGAGCCUGGUGCCGGUCGCCAGUACUCCCGAGUCCAGCAUCAAGGAGGAUGUCGGGCCCAGUCCGGCGCUUCCCUCGCCCGCCACGGCCAUCCAACCGGAGCAGAACUCGGCCGACAUCGAACACCAGCAGCGCCUGCAGGUGGUCGAGAGCUGCCAACAGUCCCAGGGAUCUGAGUUGUCGGCUGACGCGAGCGCGGCGCAGACGAGCUCGUGGCUGCGCGCCCAGCGUUUCCACGCGUUCGAGUCGACGUUCGCGAGCUUCUCGGCCUCGGAUAUCCUUCGGCUGUCUCGCGACGAUUUGAUCCAGAUCUGCGGCCUGGCCGAUGGUAUCCGGCUCUACAACGCGCUCCACGCCAAAAUGCUCCAGCCCAAGCUGAGCUUGUACUUUGCGCUCGAGUCCUCGGGCCCUGCCAGCCUUUGGCGCCCCGUCUACCUCGACAGCCUGACCCUCGGGGCGUUUACGAACAAGCUCCUCGGUGCCAUCGGCUUGCCACGCGAGCGCCUCCACUCGAUCCUCAUGCUCGGGCCCCAGGGCAUCCACGUAGUCGUCACCAACGAACUCGUUGCCAACAUCAAGGACGAGUGCAUGUUCCUCGUUGAAACCAUCAAUGAAGCUGGAACCGAUCGUUAUAAACUUCUGCUCAAGCCCUCCCCUCACUGACUGAGGAGAUCGUGUACAACCACGAGAUCGAUAAAAAAUAUACCUUCACUGCACGAUAGUAAUAAUAGUAUUAAUGAUAAUGAUAAUGAUGAUGAUAAUAAUUAUAAGUAUAACGAUAAUAAUAAUUAUUAUUAUGACGACUUUGGAAACAUGGACGGAAUUGCGUCACAAAAAAUUGCAUUCGAUUUUAAGUACCUGUGCAUCAUAGUUAAAACAUUAGACAAGCCGACAUAAGGUACGUCAAAGCUUUCUAUCAAUUGUCUGAAAGGAUUGUUAGAUUUGUAAAAUUUUCACGUUCAAAUUGGAAUGAGAAAAAUUUUUAACGGAAAACUUCACU